AUGUUCUCAGAUCAUCUUGAUGAGAGGUGUCUUCAAGAGACACAGAUUUCAGUCACAGUUGCGGGACUGACUGGUAAAGAUCCAAUUCAGUGCAGCAGAAACGUGGUGAUCUUACCUGACGCCAGCCUGGAGGAGGCCAGAAAACAGGGCCCUUAUGAUGUGGUGUUUCUGCCAGGAGGAAUGCCAGGGGCAAAGAAUCUGGCAGAGUCUCCUGCUGUGAAGGAGGUGCUGCAGGAACAGGAUGGCAGGAAAGGUCUGAUCGCAGCCAUCUGUGCAGGUCCCACUGCUCUUCUGGCACAUGGCAUUGGCUACGGCAGCACAGUCACCACGCAUCCUGCCAUGAAGGAGAAAAUGAUGGCUGGAGACCACUAUAAAUAUUCGGAGGCUCGUGUGCAGAAGGAUGGCCACUACAUCACCAGCCGCGGGCCAGGAACCAGCUUUGAGUGCGCACUGACAAUUGUAGAGGAGCUUCUGGGGGCUGAGGUGGCAGCUCAAGUCAAGGCUCCACUUAUUUUGAAGGACUGAACGUAGCUGUGUGUUCAUUUCACAUCCUGCAAGUAGCGCUUCCUCCUGCACAAGUGUGCAACUACUGAGACAGCAGUUCCUGUGUCGCAUGCUGCAAUGACUCAAAGUCACUAGUCACAAAUCACUCUGCCCCGAGAAUAAAGGUUUCUGUUCUGACAGAUUAUUUUCUUUCUUAGUCAUCAAUGAAAUGCAUACAACACAGGUUAGGCUAGAAUGGCAGUCAAUAGUGCACAUGCUGCUGCCAAAUCGCUUUAAAGACCCAAAUGUGUCAAUUUUUUUUUUUUAAGCAAGAUCCAUGAAUCAUUCCCUGGGAAUUAAGUGAAAAUAUGAAAAAUAAACCUUAUUUAUUCGAAAGAAAGUGAAUAAAAUCAAAUCGUAAUUUGAUCCCUGAUCCAGAUCCACACCAAAAUUCGAAAGGGUUCUAUCCUGACCCACUCCACAUCUUUCCAUUAAGUUGUUUUGUGUAAUCCUGCUUACAAACAAUAAGGGGUGAAAACAAAAGCUCUUUGGCAGCAAUAACAAUGAAUGGAAAUGCUUUCAAAAUCUGAAAUGUAUUUUGUUCUAUGUAGUUUCUCCACUGACGCUUCUGUCAUUAUACUGACUGCUUUAUUACUUCACUUGCCAUGUACCUUCAGAUAAGAUAAAAAACUUUAUUGAUCCGCACACACAAAAGAGUAUGUUUAUUAUAUACACCUUUCAUUGUAUUGGUUUGUAUUGAAAAGUAAAGUGCAGUUGCACGAGCAAGUAAAAAACUACAUAAGAAAUAAAACCUUUUUGUAAAUCAACACAAAUGUUAUAAGUAGUGUAAAGGGAUUCAGCGAUCUUGAUGGGAAAAAAAUGAGGUGUCUUGAGGGGCUGAUAUCCAUGGGUGUGAGAUCUGGUGCUGCUUGAUUGAAUUUAAGGGACUGUUGGGCCCAAGAAAUAGCCCCAUGGGGACAAUAAAGUAUAUUUGAUUAAAACCUUU